GGAAGAGUGACUGACUGAGCAAGACCAAGAAAGAAAGUAGCACCGUUCGUCGCCUGUGAUUUCUGCACUUCACUCCCGUUGCUGUUCAUUUCCGAUCUCAGGAAAAUGUCUGCGAUCUUCCGUCGACUGGCUUCGAAAUCCGCCACCCCUACUCGGGCGUCUCCUGGUGGCGGAGGAGGAAGAUCACUCUUCAAGCGACUCCGUCUCCCCAUCGGCGUUGCAGUUGCUGCUGCGACUGGAGUGGCCUACUUCUGCUACGACGACACUCCGAUUACAGUUCAUGGACUGGUUGAGGUUCACCUGAAGGAACCAAGCGAAGAGAAUGCUCCGCAAGUUGUUCUCGAUCCGAAGAAGCAGACUGAAUUCAAGAUUCAAGACACUGCAACUGCUAGUCACAACAUUGAUUUGUACAGGCUUACUGUGAAUUACUCUAAGAAGCAUGGUUUGAAUGUUGCUGCAUCCCCCAUUGAAAGGAACGCUCCAGACUCAGAUCCAGCAGUUGAGGAAGACUAUGGCCUACUGAUCAAGCUUUUUCCUGGUCCUGAGAUGAGUCGGCGUACUGCUAGCUGGAAGGGUGCUCAUACUCUCGAGGCGAAAGGGGAAAUUGAGGAGUGAUCUACACUCCAACGUCGAAUCAGUAAUGAUAUAAUCAGCGGGAAAUGUAGAGAGUAAAGGUACAGAGAGUGUUUAGGACAGUGGGUGAUACUUCAAAAUGAAGAGGGAAAGAGUUCUAUACGUUUAAGAAGGCUUUAUAUAGACACGGAGUUAAAACAGUUUUCUCGAACGUUGAUUGGGCUCCGAACACUCCUUGUGUUGGGCCCAAAAGUAUCCACUGAUCUGAGCCAUAAUUUCUUAACUGGAUGUGAAAUUUUAUUCAUAUAUAUAUGUUUUAAUUUGCAAAAC